UGUACAGACAGAAGCACAGGACAGGGGCAUCUUGUGUUGCUUAUCAGCCAAGAUAAUCAAAAUCCCGUUUUUCUCUGCAGCCUUCAGCAUAAUCUGGAGUAUUUUCGAACCAAAAAAAAGGAAGUAUAACAACAAUGAAACUGAGACUGAGAAAUCAUGAAUCCAGAGAAACCCUGAGAAUCCAACUCCUAUCUCCUUGUUCUUUUCUUCAACUCCAGGAAACCCUUUCCCUCUCCCUCCCUCCGCCCCAUCCUCCUCCCUCUUCCCUCCGUUUUUCCCUCAACGCCAACGAUUUGCUCCUCCCGCCCUCCCCUCACGCUUCCCUCCAUUCCCUCGGCGUAGCUGCCGGCGACCUUCUUUAUUUCUCCUCCAAUCCCACCGCUUUUUCCGCUGUUUCAGUAACCCAAAUGGAUGACCCCAAUCAGGUGCCGGACAACAACAAGAAUCAAGAGACCCAAAUGCAAGAAUUACCUCAAUUUGAAGAACCCAAGUCGAAAGAUCCCGAAAUUUCUCCAGAAACUAUGGACAUCGAUGCCUCUGCCCUUAGCGAAAGGUUGUCGGAGCCCUACUUCUUGAGGAAGGUUUUGGGGGAAGAGCUGGGUGAUAGUGGCUGCAUUCACAAGCUGUUGGCGAUUUCGGUCCACGCCGUUUUACUUGAGUCGGGUUUCGUGGGGAUCGAUCCAAUUUCGGGGCUCCGAACCGAUCGGUUUCAUUUGCCAGAUGAGUUUCCUUUUCCUGUCUCAUUUCACUAUUCCCUACCUGAACUGUUGAGGUCUAAUUUGACUGAUGAUGUAGUUUUAAAGUUUCAGACUUUAGGCCAUUUCUUUCAGGUUUAUGGGUCUUUGUUUAAGGGUUCAAGUUUAUAUAAAUUGUCUCUGGAUGAAACUAGGUUUGCUCCAACUCUGAAUUUAGUGUGGGAAAAUUGUGAUAAAAAUGUUGCUAUGAAUGAUAAGAAAGAUGGGUCUUUUGUUUCGUAUCCUGAGAGUGAAGUUUUCGAGUUUUGGAAGAUUGUUAAAGAUGGGCUUGCAUUGCCAUUGUUAAUAGAUCUCUGUGAUAAGACUGGUUUGGCCCUUCCGGUUUGUUUGAUUCGUCUCCCAGCCGAGUUAAAGGUCAAGAUCCUGGAGUUGUUGCCCGGUGCCGAUAUCGCGAAGAUGGAAUGUGUUUGCUCGGAGAUGCGAUACCUGGCUUCGAACAAUGAUCUGUGGAAGCAGAAAUUUAAAGAAGAGUUUGGGUGUACGUCAGGAACUGUAGCAAUGGGGAACUGGAAAAAAAUGUUUAUUUCAUGUUGGGAGAGUAGGAAGAAGCGAAAUCGGGCGAUUACGAGGUGGCAAGGGUUUGCUCGUGUUGAUAAUAGACCGCUAUACUUCCCGAUUUGGAGAGAUCCCAAUCCAUUCUUUCCUUCAUUCGGGGUUCCUCACGUAAUUGGAGGUGAGCACGAUGCAUCACCAUUUGUUGCUCCUCAUCCUUACAUGCCCUGUGUUCAUCAACAUCCAUUUCGAGGGCGACAGAAUUUCAGACAUCGCUGCAAUCACGGAGACAGGCAGAAUGAUGCAUAGUAGCCAGUGACUACUUUACCACCUAUCCCUUGUCGAGAAAUCGAGAUGUGAUUUAGGUAAAAAUCAUAGAAAGAUCAUGUUUAAAUAUAUGUUUUUUGCAUUUGAGAACCAAGUCUUUUGCUAGAAAGGGAAGAAGCAAAAUGUGAGUGUGCCAGGUUCUUCAGUUUGGUUUUGAUGCUUGUAAGGUACCAUGACUGAUGUUACCAGCUAACUAAGCUACUUUGUUUGAUGAUAUCCUUUGGAUUUUAAUAAUAAUGAAAGGGAUGCUUAUGCUUUUGUAAA